UAUUGGCGAAAUCACGAGACGGCGAAGGAAGACCGAGAAGGGAAAAAGAAAAAAAGAAGAAGAAGAAGAAGAAGAAGAAAAGAUGGGAGGAGAUAGAAGGAUCGGGGUGGCGCUGGACUUCUCGAAGAGCAGCAAGAGGGCCCUUGAAUGGGCGGUGGACAACCUCCUCGACGCGGGCGACUCCUUGAUCGUCCUCCACGUCAUGCCCGACGAAGGCGACGAAUCCAAGCACGCGCUCUGGUCCAAAUCUGGAUCUCCUUUGAUUCCGCUGACGGAGUUUAGAGAUCCGGCGGCGGCGAAGCACUACGGUCUGGAGACCGAUAUUGAGGUUCUUGAUUUGCUCGACACCGUCUCGAGGCAGAAGCAGGUUACGAUCGUGAUGAAGCUGUACUGGGGGGAUGCGAGGGAGAAGCUGUGCGAAGCGGUGCCCGAUCUGAAGCUGGAUUCGUUGGUGAUGGGGAGCAGAGGCCUCAGCCAGCUCCGGAGGAUUCUGCUGGGCAGCGUGACAAGCUACGUCUUGACAAAUGCACCGUGUCCAGUGACUAUCAUCAAAGAUCCAGUCAAGCACUAAUUGAUGAUAAUCACUCUCAAUUCGCUUGAGGGGACUGUUAAAGAGAUGCGGAAUUCCUAAUGACACGCAUGUGGACUUCUGUAAUUCAUAUGUUCUUAAUAAUGUGGGGAGAUGGGAGAAGGAUUUUGCAUUCGUGAAACUUGUAUGCAUUCGUGAAACUUGUAUGUGUGGUACUCUGAAUAUUUGCGAGAUUUCGCUAAUAAUAAAUAAGAUGUGUGUUGAUCGGCUGCUUUCUUGCUGGGCGUA